UUCACUUGCUCUCUCUCUCUAAAAAUACCUCCAAACAAAAGUAAUUAAGAAGUGUCAUUUUCUACUUCCCGAACUCAACUGAGCAGCUCCAGUAAUAAGGGGCAGAGGGACACUUUAGGUGGGGUUAGAUACUAGUUUACUUUUGGAAAAGCUUUGGAAUGUGGAGAUCUGAGUGAAGAAGAAAGCUAGGUUUUAGUUUAGCUUCGGAGGCUUGGGGUGCUUUUAAAUGUUUAAAAGAAGCAAGAUCUGAGCUCCAUGAGGCCGUUCUGAGUAAAGGGUUGUUCCCUGUUUUUUGGGAUGUUGAUUUAACUUAGGUUGAGAAGCGUCUGGUGGAGAAAGGGGGUGGGGGUGGGUUAGUUCUCUUUUUCCUUGUAGUUAUGGCUGUUGUACGUCUCCCGAAUAUACUUCAGUAACAAGGGUUGUUUGUGUUUUCCUUUUCAACCAUUCCUUUUCUCUUUGGUAUUAUUUGAGAAAGAAGAAACCCUUUUUUGUGUUUUGAGAUUUGAAGAAUGAGACUCUCUUCAUCAGGGUUUAGUCAGCAAACCGAGGAAGGGGAGAAAAAAUGUUUGAAUUCUGAGCUGUGGCAUGCAUGUGCGGGUCCUCUGGUGUCUCUGCCGCCUGUUGGAAGCCGUGUUGUAUAUUUUCCCCAAGGUCACAGUGAACAGGUUGCUGCUUCAACCAGCAAGGAAGUAGAUGCUCAUAUACCAAACUAUCCGAGCUUACCCCCACAACUUAUCUGUCAGCUUCACAAUUUGACUAUGCAUGCUGAUGUUGAAACAGAUGAAGUGUAUGCUCAAAUGACCUUGCAACCUCUGAGUCCGCAAGAGAAAAAGAAUGUGUACUUACUGCCUGGUGAAUUGGGUACUCCCAGCAAACAGCCGACCAAUUAUUUUUGUAAAACACUGACGGCAAGUGACACAAGCACUCAUGGAGGGUUUUCUGUUCCUCGUCGGGCUGCUGAAAAAGUCUUUCCUCCCCUGGAUUACACCCUGCAACCUCCUGCUCAAGAACUAAUUGCGCGGGAUCUUCAUGAAAAUGAGUGGAAAUUUAGGCAUGUAUUUCGUGGCCAGCCAAAAAGACAUCUUCUUACGACAGGGUGGAGUGUUUUUGUCAGUGCUAAGAGACUUGUUGCUGGUGACUCUGUUCUUUUUUUAUGGAAUGAGAAGAAUCAAUUGUUGCUGGGUAUCCGCAGAGCAAAUCGUCCUCAGGCUGUUAUGCCUUCGUCUGUUUUAUCAAGUGAUAGCAUGCACAUUGGCCUUCUUGCUGCAGCAGCUCAUGCAGCUGCAACAAACAGCCGUUUCACUAUCUUUUAUAACCCUAGGGCUAGUCCUUCAGAGUUUGUCAUCCCUCUUGCCAAGUAUGUUAAAGCAGUCUAUUACACCCGGGUUUCUGUAGGCAUGCAGUUUAGAAUGCUAUUUGAGACGGAAGAGUCAAGUGUCCGCCGAUGUAUGGGUACAAUAACUGGCAUUAGUGACUUUGAUCCUGUUCGCUGGCCAAAUUCGCAUUGGCGCUCUGUUAAGGUUGGCUGGGAUGAAUCCACUGCAGGAGAGAAGCAACCAAGAGUGUCCUUGUGGGAGAUUGAACCAUUAACAACCUUUCCCAUGUACUCAUCACCCUUCCCCCUGCGUCUGAAGCGACCAUGGCCGUCUGCGGUACCCACUUUCCAUGCUUUCAAAGAUGGUGAUAUGGGCAUCAAUUCCCAACUGAUGUGGCUUCAAGGAGGGGUUGGGGAUCAAGGACUUCAGUCUUUAAACUUCCAAGGUUUUGGAGUAUCACCCUGGAUGCAGCCAAGGCUUGAUACUUCUUCAAUACCAGGUGUCCAACCUGAUCUUUACCAAGCAAUGGCUGCUGCCGCAUUUCAGGAAAUGAGAACAGUUGAUUCAUCAAAAAUAGGCUCUCAAUCUCUCUUGCAAUUACAGCAAUCACAGAGCACGUCCAAUGGGUCGCCUGCCCUAAUUCAGAGGCAGAUGUUGCAGCAGUCUCAAACACAAAAUGCUUUUCUUCAGGGUUUUCAGGAGAAUCAGACUGCUUCUCAGGUUCAGCUUCUGCAGCAGUUGCAGCGUUCCAAUUCAUAUAAUGAUCAGCGACAACAGCAGCAGAAGCAGCAACAGUCCCCACAAACACUUCAACCACCACAUAUGUCUGAUCAACAGCACAUUUCGAAUGCGAUCCCUACUUUUCCUAAAGUAUCAGCCAGCCAGGCCCAGUCCUCAUCUCUGUCAGCUGUUGCUUCACAAUGCCAGCGGCAGAUACUUUCUGAUCAUCUUGGGAACUCUCUAGCUACAUCUAAUGUUUCAUCAAUGCAAAGUAUCUUAGGUUCAUUAUCCCAUGCUGGAGCUUCCCAUUUACUCAACUUGAAUGGAUCAAACCCAAUUAUCUCUUCUUCUGCUUUGUUGUCCAAGCCAGCAUCUAUUGAACCACAGCUUUCAUCUGAACCUGCUAACUAUGUACUGCCCCAGGUUGAACAGCUAGGAACUGCACAGUCAAAUAUACUUUCUAACUUAUUACCUCCAUUUCCUGGAAGAGAGUAUUCUGCUUACCACGGUUCAGCUGAUCCACAAAACAAUUUUUUGUUUGGGGUUAGCAUUGAUUCCUCAUCUCUUAUGCUGCAGAAUGGGAUGACAAACCUGAAAAAUAUUGGAAAUGAAAACGAUUCAUUGUCUCUGCCAUAUGCUGCUUCAAAUUUCACAAGUGCUUCUGGCACAGAUUUUCCUCUUAAUUCAGACAUGACUACCUCAAGUUGUGUGGAUGAAUCGGGUUACUUGCAGUCUUCUGAAUAUGUGGACCAAGUAAACCCUCCAACUGGAACCUUUGUUAAGGUUCACAAGUCGGGGUCCUUUGGGCGCUCAUUGGAUAUUUCCAAGUUCAGCAGCUAUAAUGAGCUGCGCUGUGAGCUCGCUCGAAUGUUUGGUCUCGAAGGCCAACUAGAGGACCCUCUGAGAUCAGGCUGGCAGCUUGUAUUUGUUGACAAGGAGAAUGAUAUUCUUCUCCUUGGCGAUGACCCUUGGCAGGAAUUUGUGAACAAUGUGUGGUAUAUCAAGAUACUAUCUCCACGUGAAGUGCAACAAAUGGGGAAAGGUCUGAAUCCUGCCCCCUCCGAUCCAAGCCUAAUGCUUAACCACCAUCAAUAGCCUCAACCGCCGCGUUGACUACAUGAGCGGACAGAAGUUAUAGAAGUUUCUGGUAACAGAAUUCAAUCUAUGAGACUCUUGGAUGCUGAAGGGAAAUGCUCCUCAAGGCUGAAUUCAGGGAGCUGAAAAUGAGUGUUGUACUUUUUUUUUUUCUGUUAAAGCUUGUGUGUUGAAAAUCUACUCGGUGUAAAUUAUAGUAGGAGAUCCCUGUAACUUGGCAUUAUUAACCUACUUAAGAGCACAAGUUUUAUUAGGUAUAAUAAUUGUAAUAUGUUAUCAGAAGUAUUGUUAUCGUCUACACUUUUUAUGACAUUAUUAUUUCAUCUAUACCAAGUCUUUUUUUUAUUUGCAGC